GAUCUCGAAGGCGUUAUGUGCCGCCAAGUCCACCACUUCCCCGAGCCGGCGAAGGCAGGGGACGGUGCCCGUUUCCCUCUGGUAUCACGAGCAUGGGCAUACCAGGAGCGCAUGCUGAGCCCGUGGGUGGUUUACUAUGGCCCAAAGGAGAUUUCAUGAGAAUGCCGCGAGCUUCGGACGUGCCAGUGCGGGUUCGGGGAGGAGUUGGCAUUGUACGAGGCCAACAACGUCCGGAAAAGCGACUUCCACAACAUGAUCUCCGAGUUCCGGUCGGACGAAGAGAACAGUCCGGAGAAAACUUGGCGCCAUAUGGUUUGUCAAUAUACAGCAGUCCAACUCACCUAUCCCGGCGACACACUUCCCACAAUCUCUGGUUUGGCAGACGAGAUGCAGCGCAACAGCGGAGAACAGUAUCUUGCGGGCUGUGGAAAGACACCUUGAUGCGAUGGUACCGGGAAAGCGUUCAGCGGGGAACAGCACAGUCUGCCGACGUCUACAAGCGCGAUCCGACUUGGUCAUGGGCAUUGGUUGAUGGGCCCGUCCUCUACCCCGGGGCACUACAUUACCCGGCAAGCUGACCUGGCGCAAAGCCUGUCCAGUAUGCUAAAGUUCUCGACGCCGAAUGUUCCUUGGCAGGCCCGUCUCUCACUGGACAACUCACCAGCGGAUUCAUCGAUUGCGGUGUCUCUUGGUUCCCGCCUGUUCACGCAAUCGGUAU